ACAGCAAAAUAGCAAAACUUUUUCUUUUUAUUUUUUCGUACUUUUCUUACAUUUUAUAUUUUUUUAUUUUUACAUCAGUUUUUCAGACUCACCCGCAUUACUGUUUAUCCACGAUGCAGCAAUUACCAAUUCCACUGGCGAUGAGCAUUUUCCAGUUGAUUUUUCGCAAGAAUUACGAUUUUUUUUUGAUGUCACCAGUUAUGCCAGCAGAAGAUACGAUAAUCUUGGCGUCGAAGUAAGCGUCUACAAACGUUCAACCGGAUGGCUGGGCUGUGGAUGGUUAUACAUACCAAGUUUUGGAUUAAUAUCCGACUUUCAUAUGUGUGAUGAAAAUCCAUCUUGUCCAGUUGUUCCCGGACGUCAGGUAUUUGAAGUUACAAUUGAUCCAAGUAUUCUCUUCUCCGGUUUCUUCAGAGUCUUUCAUAGCAACCAGGUACCAUAUCAACUGAUGUUACGUGUACGAAAUAAUCGGCAUCCAUCAGAGGAAUUGCUUUGUGUGACAUAUCAAAUGCGGAUACAUUAUUGA